CGAGUGACGUCGCAGAGGAAGCGGGCGGUGUAUACAAGUCUGGCCCCGUCAGUGAAGACAGUCGGAGCUUGCCGAGUUGUCAUCUCGUCGUAUUCGUCUGUCCCAUAUUUUAAAAAGCAGAGCUCGUAAGCCAGUCCAGCAGGAGCCACCAUGGCAGAAGCGCAUCAGGCGGUGGCCUUUCAGUUCACCGUCACCCCUGAUGGUAUAGACUUGCAGCUGUGCCACGAAGCUCUUCGCCAGAUCUAUCUUUCUGGUCUUCACUCCUGGAAGAAAAGAUUCAUUCGCUUCAAGAAUGGGGUGAUGACCGGAGUGUAUCCAGGCAGCCCUGGUGGCUUCAUGGUGGUCGUGGUUUCCUACAUGUCCUACAACAAAUACAGAGGCCUGGACCCGUCUCUGGGGUUGAUAGCAAAGCUGGGCCAGCAUAUACCAAUAAGCAAAUACAUGUCCUCCAACAGUCAGAUGAUCGUGGGGGGUGUGCUGGUGGGCACAGGCCUGUGGGUGACAAUAAUAAUGAUUAUGAGGAAUGUCCUGAAGAGCCUGUUGUCAUGGCACGGCUGGAUGCAUGCACGUCACGGCUCGGUGUCCUGGUCUGCCCGUCUGUGGAUGAUAUUAGUAAAGGUAUUUUCUGGUCGGAAGCCGAUGCUCUACAGUUUCCAGAACUCUCUUCCAAGACUACCUGUACCGCGUGUCAAGGACACGUGCAGCAGGUACUUGGAGUCUGUUCGCCCACUCAUGGACGAUGAACAGUAUGAACGAAUGAAGGGACUGGCGAAAGAUUUUGAACAGAAUCUGGGGCCCAGACUACAGUGGUACCUCAAACUCAAAUCUUGGUGGGCUUCCAACUAUGUCAGUGACUGGUGGGAGGAGUACAUCUACCUAAGGGGACGUGGGCCCAUUAUGGUCAACAGCAACUACUAUGCCAUGGACUUCCUGUAUGUGUUCCCCACUCCAAUCCAGGCUGCCAGGGCAGCUAACGCCAUCCAUGCUAUCAUGCUGUACCGGAGAAAACUGGACAGGGCGCAGAUCAAACCAAUUUACUUGCUGGCAAACAAGGUUCCUCUGUGCUCGGCUCAGUGGGAGCGGAUGUUUAACACCACCCGCCUCCCUGGUUUGGAGACAGACGUCCUCCAGCACAUGAAUGAGAGCAAGCACAUCGCCGUGUUCCACAAGGGUAGAUUCUACAAGGUGUGGAUGUUUUACGACGGCCGGCUGCUGCUGCCUCGAGAGAUCGAACAGCAGAUGGAGAAGAUCCUGGCCGACGCGUCUGAGCCGCAGCCCGGAGAGGAGAAACUGGCUGCGCUGACUGCCGGGGAGAGGACCCCGUGGGCAAAGGCUCGUGAGGAAUACUUCAGGAGUGGGAAGAACAAGCAAUCUCUCGACGCCAUCGAGAAAGCCGCCUUCUUCGUGACCCUCGACGACACCGAGCAGCGCUUUGAGGAGAAGGACCCGGUCGGCUCCCUGGAUCGAUACGCCAAGUCCCUGCUCCAUGGGAAGUGCUAUGACAGGUGGUUCGAUAAGUCCUUCAACCUGAUCGUGUUCAAGAACGGAACGAUGGGCCUGAACGCUGAGCACUCCUGGGCAGACGCUCCCAUCAUUGGACAUCUGUGGGAGCACGUACUUUCCAUGGACCCGUUCAAGCUUGGAUACACCGAUGAUGGUCACUGUUGUGGAAAGCCUCACCCCAACCUGCCUGGUCCCCAGAGACUGCUGUGGGACAUCUCUCCCGAGUGCCAGGAGAUCAUCCAGAACUCUCUCACCGUAGCCAAGACCCUCUCGGACGACGUGGACUGUCACAUUUUCCCUUUCUCCGAUUUUGGCAAAGGUCUGAUCAAGAAGUGCCGUACCAGCCCUGACGCUUUCAUCCAGAUUGCCCUGCAGUUGGCUCAUUUUAGGGACAAAGGGAAGUUCUGCCUGACCUACGAAGCCUCCAUGACCCGUCUGUUCCGUGAGGGCCGAACUGAAACCGUCCGCUCCUGCACCAUGGAGACAUGCAACUUUGUCCGUGCCAUGCUCCGUGACGAGACGAGAGAAGAGCGUCUCAAACUGCUUAAAACAGCAGCGGAGAAGCACCAGAACAUGUACCGCCUGGCCAUGACGGGCAACGGCAUCGACCGCCACCUCUUCUGCCUCUACGUGGUGUCUAAAUACCUGGGAGAAGACUCCCCCUUCCUGAAGGAGGUCCUGUCUGAGCCGUGGAGACUCUCCACCAGCCAGACUCCUCUGCAGCAGGUGGAGCUGUUUGAUCUGGUGAAGCACCCGGAGUACGUCUCCUCUGGAGGUGGAUUCGGACCGGUGGCUGACGACGGUUAUGGUGUCUCCUACAUCAUCGUCGGGGAAAACCUGAUCAACUUCCACAUCUCCAGCAAACACUCGAGCCCUGAAACUGACUCGCAUCGCUUCGGCAGCAACAUCCGACAGGCCAUGCUGGACAUUCUGGACCUCUUCCAGCUGGACAAGAAAACUUUAAAGUGAUUGGAUCAGAAGGGUCAUUCUUCCUCAGUGUGUACAGAAUCACGACGCGGGUUUUUGGGGUUAUUUAAAUUGACGUACCAGGAGGAAAAAAGGUUAAUGUAUUUAGAGACUGUCAUUUUGCUUGUGUUGUUGUGUACUGUAUAUAAGUAACUAUGAGUGAGAUUUGGGGACGUUUUGGUACACGGUAGUGCACAGAAAGAGGUUUGUAUUUAUGGGAUCGCACGCACCAGUGCCUUAGUGACCCACUCAUGACGAAAAGGGAGGUGAACAUGUGAGCUGCUUUCAUUUCCAACUGACGGAGGAACCAAGUGAGAUUUUAAGUUGAUGCAUGAAGACACACUUUUAACAGUUUUCGGUUCGAUCAUCCACAAACUGCGGCACCUUCCUCAUCUGGUUACACUCGCCGGUUCAUUGGUCUGGUUCAGACAGUGUUGAGAAUGUUUUUCGAUGGAACUUGCCUUUCUGAAGUUUGCAGUCUCGGUUGUACAAAAGUUGCUCUUCUUUUGUGCGUCACACAGUUAAGGUUUUAAAACAUGUAGGUGCCAGCGCAGACGCACCCCACGCUUGUACACGGUGUACUAAACACACUACUCUCUUUGUGUGUACGUUAGGAGCUUCAUUUAUCAUGUCUGCCUUUUUUAGUUUUCCUCACCGAAGGCGCGUUGUUUUGUUUCUUACUCAGGUUCAUGCGAGUGCCGCUAGCGUCCGCGGGAGUAGCGCUUUUAUCAUUUUUCGUGCCGGAGUUCAUAGAGUUGAAGAUGCAGUGCAAUGCAACGUGUCGGAGCUGGAGCCUUGUGUGUGUGUUAGCGGGGUCACGUCCACUACACCUGCGUAUAGGAACAUGGGUGUAGCUUGAUGAUCCUCAUUGUUUCUUGGAACGCGAUGGUUUCCACGAGCGAUAUCACAGCUGUUGUGGUGCUUUAUAUCUGACAUUUCUUCUCCACAAUUUCUCUUAUAUAUUCAUGUUGUCAGUACAUUAUAUUUAUUUACUGUAAUAAUCUCUUACGCUCCUGUUUUUAGAUCCGAGCGCAAGUCUUUUAUGUUUGUUUUCACAUGGUCUGAAGAAUUGUUGUGGAUUUGCAAUGUGGGUAGAGGCCAUGUUUACGCCGCUGCAUGGCUUCCUGGAAACAGCCGCUGUACAUGUUUGCCUGUUUGCCUUGACAUUAGUACAAUGCAUUUGAAGAAGACAAGCAGCUGCUAUACCAAAAUGGAUUUUAACAAUAAAGUGAAUGUGACACGGC